GAGACACGAUCGUGGUACAACACCAACUUUAACUCUCUGUUGCAGUCGCUGUUUAGUUUAGGUAAUGUGUCAAACUGCGUCAUUCCCCAUAAGAGACAUGUGUUAAAGCUAAAUGUCGCUGUGGUGGACGCUGCCUCUUGUUUCCGGUGCAGGACACAGUGAAGGUGCAGGUGGGGACAAAGUGUGUGGACGCCGCUGUGUGUGUCCCUGCCUCAGAGACACGUGUCCGCACCGCUGUAAUCCUCACACAUGGAGCCGGUGGAGACAUGCACCUCUCUCACCUCGUGUCUCUGGCUCACUCUCUGGCCUCAAGCGGCUUCAUCUGCCUGCGUUUCACCUGCAGAGCCUUAAACCUGUGAGGGGCUCCGUUCAUUCAACAGGCACUGUUUACAUCCUCGUUCUGUGGGAAUCUGCAGGAGUAAGAUGUGGUUUCCUCUUACAGGACUAUUUGAAAUCACUGCAGAGGUUUAACAUCAAGCACAUAUUCAUUGGAGGCAGGUCAAUGGGGAGUCGUGCCGCUGCAGCUUUAGCCCGACAGCUGAGUGAGGGAACAGAGGGAGCGGUGCAGGGUGUCAUCUGCCUGUCUUUCCCUCUGCACCCCCCAGGACAGACACACACCCACCGCCAGAGGAGUGAGGAUCUCAGGGCGCUGCCAGAACACGUGCCAGUGCUGUUUGUGUCAGGCACCGAGGACAACAUGUGUGAUAAGGUGCUUUUUGACACGAUGGUGACAGAGUUAAAAGCUCCAACUGAGGUUUACUGGGUAAAAGGAGGCAGCCACGGGCUGUCAGUGAAGGGCAGGUCAGAGGAGUCUGUGAUCGAUGAAGUCAACUUACAAGUCAUUACCUGGAUAAGUAAACAGGAAGCACAGAUUAGUUAAUGUCAUGUUUGUUUAGAUGUUUUUGUUGAAUUAAGUGUAUUUGUCACAGAGAGUCUUUUGUUUUUCAGAAAUUUCGUAAAAACCUCAUGGAGAUAUUAUUUAAAUCAACCAAAACCACAUUUUUAUUACCUAACAAAACAACUUUUUACAUUCAGCCCUUGUACCUGGACAUUUGCAUCUGACCUCAGUGGCUCAUCUACAACUCAAUGAAAAGCUCCACAAGAAAGUGACUUUAAAAACUACAACAGACUUUCUUUGACAGUUCAAGUAAGUUUAACAAGAAAUUAUGCAAAGUGGUAAAAUGCAGUGCAGGUGUCUGGUUUAAAAGAUGUAAUACACAGUUUUCAGUUUAAGUUGCCUGUCAAGGAAAAUAUGAUGAAUAAUCAAGUAACAUUUCAUAUUGUGGUGCUGCUGUUGAUGUAGAUAGGAGUAGUUCACGGUGCCAGUCAUCAGUGCAUUAUAUACUUUUAUUUAUAUGAAAUAAUAUUUCAUUAAAGUAACACAUUUAUAUCAGACUGCAUUGGUUGAUUGAUUGUAUUGUGAAAAUAAUUUACAAAUUUAAACUGAUCUAAAAUAAAGUAGUAGUGUCACUGAUCAAGUUGAGGCUCUUUCGAAAAAUGCAAUCAGACUCAAUCUUCUAAUAUAUGAGACUAGACUUGGUCGAUUAAGAAAUGUUGGAGGGAAUAAUUGUUAAGUAUUUUAUUUUAAAAUAAAUAUAUACUUCCAGACUUUCCAGGUU